AUGCUCUCUGCGCUCAUGCGCCACACCUUGCUGAUGGCCAUGGAUGCUCAGCUGGAGGCCACAGCAACAGUACAUAAACGUCUCAGUCAAGUUUUAGACAAACUGGCGACGCAAGUGACGACGUCGGGUUCGCCAUUUAAUAAUAACGUUCAUCAUCAUAAUAAUAACGAGCCAGAGGGUUCAUCGAAAAAGUGUAGCGUUCGUCCGAGAGACAUUCUUUUCGAUAAAAAGCUAAUGCUCCGCGAUAUGCCGCCGGGAGAAGUUUUCCGUUUUGACAGUGCCGAUCGCGAACGUUAUCAGUCGGAGGAGGAAGAGAUCGAAGAUGUUUUUAGUCCGGCAUCUUCUUCUAAAUCCCCUCACAGUUCUCCGACGGACUCUCCAAAGAUUAGUUUUAGUCCGCUGCGACUCAAAGAAGAGGAAAUAGACUCGAAGACACCGCCCCCUCCGAGAAUACCGGUUAAAUGGGAGCAAGAAGUGUCACCUUUAUCCCAACAUUUUUCUCCGCAGCCAAAAUUUUCAGGAUGUUCGUGUCCUCACUGUUCGUCGGGAUUUGGUUUUCACGCUUUCCCGCACGAUCAUUACUAUCCUUCCUCGCCUAUCUCUCCUUUGACGCCCGUAUCCCCCAUUCCACCUCCCGCUUAUAGUUUCGAACAUUAUCUUCAUUCGAAAUACUUACCGGAUUUGUUCCGUCGAAGAAGUCAUUCCGAUUCGGAUGUGCCUUUAUGGUUCGAAGCUGCCAAGACUGAAAGAAUUGAUUCUCACACGGAAAGGGGAACCGUUUUGAGACAGUUAGGUCGCGUUGUUCCUCACCCGUUGUCAAUUCAUAGAUCAACGACUCCUCAAAGCAAAGGAGGCUCUUUAGAAUCCGAUAAUUCCACUCCGCAAGACUCUCCGUUGGAUCUUUCCGUGAAAGGGAGCAAAGACAGAAUGGAGGGAAAAUGCGGAUUGGAUUUAAGUAUUCCGGUGAUACCAAAGGAUAUUGUCUCAAAUUCGUAUUCGACAAAGGAUAAUUCGCGCCCUAAAGAUUUUUCCCCGUCUCCUAAAGAUUCAUUUCAAUCCCCUGUAACAUAUCCCGAACCCCCCGUGCACCUUCAACUCGUUCCGCACGGUUUUCUUCCGCCUAAAGGAUCGGUUUCCGUGCCGGUUGUCAAAGGAGACGUGGCAUCUCCGACGACGAAAGAAUCCGUCGCAGUUAGGUACAAUUUAGACGUGUAUCCCGUCGUGGAAGAAAUGCCUCCCGGAGCCGACGUGGCGUACGUGUGUCCGGUCUGCGGUCAAAUGUUCAGCCUUCACGAUCGCUUGGCCAAGCACAUGGCUUCCCGACACAAGAGCAGGCAAAAUUCGAACGACUCCACCGCGAAAGCUUAUUUAUGUGAAGUUUGUAAACGGUCGUUCGCUCGGAGUGAUAUGUUGACUCGACACAUGAGAUUGCACACGGGAGUUAAACCUUACACGUGUCGCGUUUGCGGUCAAGUGUUUUCGCGUAGCGAUCAUUUGUCGACCCAUCAAAGAACGCACACGGGAGAAAAACCUUACAAAUGUCCUCAAUGUCCGUAUGCCGCGUGCAGGAGAGACAUGAUAACGCGACACAUGAGAACUCAUGCCAGAUACGAACCAGUGACACCGGUGACAGCAGAACCCAACGAUGAAAGAUCUUCUAAAGGUUUUUCGCCAAAGACAGAAUCUCAAACGUCUUCUUCAUUCCAGGGUCACAAUGCGAGAGAAUCCUCACAGCAAAUUUCCCUUCAAUCCAUCAAGAUGGAAGAUUAA